AUGCCACAAUUAAACCCCGGCCCUUGAUUCAAAAUUUUAGUGUACGCCUGAGAACUUUUUUUAACCAUUAUCCCAACUAAAAUCUUAAAUUAUACUUCACCAAAUAAACCAACUCCAGUAAGUGCUAAAAAACACAAAACUGGAGCCUGAUACUGACCAUGAUCGUAA